AUGAAUAGCAAAAAGGGUCAGGUCUCGAAGAACAUUUUACAGGAAUUCAGGGAAAUAAUUAAUCCACCGGAAAAGAAAGGUCCUAAUAAUCGCAAGAAGUCUACAGAAUGGAAAGGAAAGGGCGGGGCGACAUCCUCGCCGUCGCUACCACCCGUGAUACCCACCAUGAACAAAACUCUUCUGCGUGUCCUUGAGAGCCUAGAACCGGAUGAGCUUCUAGAGUCGCUCCGCUCCAAUGCGAAACCUCUCCAUUUACAAGGUAAAUGA